AUGUCGUCGAACCUACCGGUCCGACGGGCUCCUGUGCGGACUCGCAGCACAACCACCAAAAGCGAUGAGAAUGCCCAGCCAUACCCCGGCCUGCGUGCCGCUGGCUCCACCAAAGACCCUUUGGGCAAGGGCAAGGCGCCUGCGGCGGCCCCGUCGGCGGCCCCGACCGCGGGUCCCGACCCGGCGACCCGCGCCGCUGGUGUGCUGGGCACACGCAAGCGCGCUGCGCUGGGUGACCUGACUAACGCGGCCCGCUCGCGCAGUGCGGUGCUCAAAGAAGACAAGGCGGACGACGUGAAAAAGCCGGCCGCACUGCGCAUGCGCACCGCCGCUGCGCGCCCGGCAGCCCCGCGCCGCGUGGUGCGCCCGCGCGAGCCUGAGGCGAUGGCUGUCGACGAUGUGCCUGCGCGCGAUAGCAGCGACAAGGAAAACAUGGAGAUCUUUGAUGAGGCGGCACGCGAGGCGAAGCGUGCGCGUACGCAGGUCGCGCCGGGCGUGGCUGCGGCGGAGCCGGCGGUCGCUGCGCGUCCGAAGGACGAGGGCUGGGAAGACCUCGACAAGGACGACGCGGACGAUCCGCUGAUGGUCGCCGAGUACGUGGAAGAGAUCUUUAUGUACAUGCGCAAGAUUGAACUGCAGUGCAUGCCGAACGGCAACUACAUGAGCCUGCAGCGCGAUCUCAACUGGCACUUGCGUGGCGUCCUCGCAGACUGGCUCAUUGAGACGCACGCCAAGUUCCGCCUGCUACCCGAGACGCUUUUCCUGGCCUUGAACAUUGUGGACCGGUUCCUGAGCCUGCGUACGAUCUCGCUGUCGAAGCUACAGCUGGUCGGCGUCACGGCGCUGUUCAUUGCGGCCAAGUACGAGGAGGUACUGUGCCCCUCGAUCCAAAACUUUUUGUACGUCGCAGAUGGCGGCUACACGGACGAGGAGAUUCUGCGCGCGGAGCGCUACAUGCUCAAGGUACUCAACUUUGACCUGAGCUAUGCUUCGCCAAUGAACUUUUUGCGCCGCAUCUCGAAGGCCGACAACUAUGAUAUCCAGACCCGCACGGUCGCGAAGUACUUUAUGGAGAUCUCGCUCGUGGACCACCGCCUGCUCGACCACCCCCCGUCGCUCGUCGCUGCCGCGGCCGUGUGGCUCGCGCGUGAGGUGCUGGAGCGUGGCGAGUGGACACCAACGCUCGUGCACUACUCAACGUACGCGGAGCCCGAGCUGCUCGGCACCGCCGAGAUCAUGCUGGACUACUGCUUGCGCCCCCCGGCACACCUCUACUUCCACAAGAAGUACAGCAGCAAAAAGUUCAUGCGUGCCAGUGCCUAUGUACUAGAGUGGGCCAAGAAUACGUUCCCUCAUGCCGUCAUUACGCAGGACGACGUCACGCUUGGCAAAUGGACUGACGAAAAUGGCGAGAAGCAUUCGCUCGACAUGCUCCGUGUCGACCUGUACGAGCGCCACGGCCACCCCCGCCCGACCGUGUUGCCCCUCGGCACGCCGCCUCCUCUAUCGUCGCCGUCCGCCCACGCCGACACGAUGGGCCUGUACGCCUCGGCGCGGUAA